CGUGGAGCACGCCGCCCCAUGGGCGUGGUCUCCCGCCGGUUGCGUCGCGCUGGUUGGCUUUGCCCCGUGUCGUCGAGCUUUGCGUGACUCGGCCGCUGUUUGGAGGGCGCCUUUUGAGCCGAGCCGAACGACGAGGCACUGCGCUGUGCUGGCGAUGAGGGGGCUGGCGCUUGCGUUGUUGGCGCUGCUGGCGCAGGGUUGGGGCGAGCGGUGCCCGGCGCGCUGCGACGUGUCCCGGUGCCCGAGCCCCGGCUGUCCGAGCGGCUACGUGCCCGACGGCUGCAACUGCUGCUUGGUGUGCGCGGCGGGCGAGGGCGAGGCGUGCGGCCGUCCGGAUGACCCGCCGUGCGGGGACAGCCUCCAGUGUCGCUUCCUCGCCGCAGGUCAGCACCAGAACCAGGGCGUCUGCCAGUGCAAGCUCAGCGCGCCCGUGUGCGGCAGCGACGGCAGGACCUAUGCCAACGUGUGCCGCCUGAAGACUGCCGAGCGCCAAGCUCUGCAGCAGGGGCUCCCGCCAGUUGUCCAGGUCCAGAAGGGCGCCUGCCGAGUCGGUCAGCAGCAGCCAAACAGCCCAAGGUAUAAAUUUAACUUCAUUGCAGAUGUGGUGGAGAAGAUUGCACCAGCAGUUGUACAUAUUGAACUUUUCCUAAGGCAUCCUCUGUUUGGUCGUAAUGUUCCUCUUUCCAGUGGAUCUGGAUUUAUUAUGUCAGAUGUAGGUUUAAUUGUAACCAAUGCCCAUGUAGUGUCAAGCAGCAGUACAGUGACCGGGCGACAACAGUUAAAAGUCCAGCUACAGAACGGAGAUACGUAUGAUGCAACAAUCAAAGACAUUGAUAAGAAAUCUGACAUAGCAACAAUCAAGAUCAAUCCACGGAAAAAAUUACCUGUCCUAGCAAUGGGCCAGUCUGGUGAUCUGAGGCCUGGGGAAUUUGUUGUGGCUAUUGGGAGCCCUUUUGCCUUACAGAACACUGUGACAACAGGUAUUGUCAGUACAGCACAGCGGGAUGGCAAAGAGCUUGGCUUGAAGGAUUCCGACAUGGAUUAUAUUCAGACAGAUGCUAUUAUCAAUUAUGGAAACUCAGGAGGACCUCUGGUAAACUUGGAUGGUGAAGUGAUUGGCAUCAACACUUUAAAGGUUACUGCAGGAAUUUCCUUUGCUAUUCCUUCUGAUCGUAUUACUAAAUUCCUUUCGGAGAAUUAUGAUAAACAAAGUAAAGAUGGGAAAAAAAGGUUUAUUGGCAUAAAGAUGCUGACAAUAACACCUGUACUAGUGGAAGAACUGAAGCUUAAUGAUCCAGAUUUUCCAGAUGUCAGUAGUGGAAUUUACGUACAUGAAGUUGUUCCAAAUUCUCCAUCUCAGAGAGGUGGGAUUAAGGCUGGAGAUAUUAUUGUUAAGGUGAAUGGACGUCCACUGAUGACUUCUGCUGACCUGCAAGAUGCAGUGAUGAAUGAAUCGCCUCUACUACUUGAAGUUAGAAGGGGAAACGAUGACUUGUUGUUUAACAUAGAACCUGAAGUGCUUAUGUAAAUCAAACUGAGGAAGAUCAUUGCAACACAGUUAAACUCAUUUAUUCUCGAACAUCGGAUAUCUCCUUUACAGUGAUAAUAAUUACACCUUGUGUUGACUAAUGACAAGGUGGAUUAACAUAACUGCCUGAGCCAGAGAUGUGCCUGACAGUCAACAACGUAGCUACUUCAUAUGUCGAGUCAGAUUCCUUUUGGUAGUUCUGCGUAUUGAAUUUCACAUAAAGGAGCUCACAUAGGUCAUUCUUAUGGUUUAAAAUUGGGAAAAUGUUUUUGCUUAAUUAGGAUUAGUUACUAAGCAGCAAAAUAUGUCUACAAAAUAGUCCUUGGAUUAGACCUCACCCAAAGCUUUAUGAGGAUUUCAGCUAGACUGCUGCCUUUUAUGUGGUUUAUGAGUAGUAGUCUGUGCCAGUCUGACCCAAAGCUGAACUCUUGCUAAGAUGGCUUAAAUGUGAAAUGGUAUAUUUGCUGUACAUGCUCUUUUGCUACAUGUACACAGAACUGAGAAAUUAUAAAUAUUGAAGGAAAGGAAGAAAAGCGAUCAUACGAUAAAAGAUUAAUGGUGAUGGUAACCCAAGAAAGAUGGGUACAAGGCCCUUCCCCUUCUUCAAUAUCCUAAUGCUACAUUUACAAGGUCUCUGCGGAUGAGCACACAAAAUACUUUCCCUCUAAGUAAAUAUAGUUUGUUCAGGGGUGGAAAUACAUCUCAAGCCUCAGGGGUUUAUAGAAAAUGCAAAUGCACCCCCCCCCCGCACACACACACACACCCCAGCUCUGUGAUGUUCUAUUUGACAUCUCAGAACUAGUGAGGAAGCCUGCAGCUUCACCCCUCAGAAAUGUUAAUCAACAGAAAGCAGCCUAAGCUAGAAGAGUUGUGCCAAAUACAAAUACCCAAUGGAAGCUUUUUAAUCUUUUAUUAACAGAAACGUCGUCCUGCUCAGAAUCUGUUAGCUCUUUUUGAGGCUGCAGGCAAAUUUAAAUUGGUGUUUUGUAUGGGUUGCCUCUUUAAACGUUUAUUAUCAGAAGCAUGGGUGCACAACUGACAUUAAAGGUGUGGGAGAGGCAUGUGUUGACAUGCAGGCACAAAAUGCCGCGUGUGGCUGCAGGAGGAGAGGCAAGACAUUAAUAUAACAAAUGAAUAGGGGAAUGUGAUCAGAGGUGAAGAAAUGUGUGCAAACAGUUGAACAAUUGUGAAUCCCAGUCUGUCAUCAUGCCUGGAACACAUCUAGAUGGAAGGCAACCCCUGCUCUAGUCCUCUACAAGUCAGUUAUCACUGCUGAUACCUCUCACAUUUAAAGAUUAACUCCACUCCAAAGCCCAACUUAAUGAGGAUUCUUACCUUGAUAACCUCUGUUUCCUGGCAUUACCAGCUCUAGGCAGGAAGAUAGUUGGGUGUGGUGAAAUGAGGACAGCAUGGCUUUUAGGAAUGGGCAGUAGAGGGCCCCCAGUAGGAAAUAAUAGCCAGGGAGAGGGCAAGGAGCAAUGCAGGACAUUGAAACCUCACCCCUUCAUCACCAGAGGUCUUUCGAUUUAUGAGACUUCAGUAUAUGAAACCUAAAUAUUUCCAAGCUGUUCUCUGCAACUACAAGUACUAGAGACUAACUUUUAAAAAAAAUGCAGGCUAUGCUAUUGCUGUGUUGUACUGUAUGGUUAAUUUCUCCUGGUCACCGGCCAGUGUUAUGCCAAGAUCAUGAAAAAGUGAAAUGUCGUAAAUGAUUCUUAUAGAAUUAUUGCCUUAUAUAAAUGCAAAACAAUGUGCAAACCAAAGCCAAAACUUUGAGGAAGUGCACCGUUUUUCAGGGGUUUAAAAUGAUUUUUUUCAUUGUAAUGGAAAGUAUUAUUGUAUAAAUGGUAUACUUAUGACAAGUACUGUAUGUUCUACUGUACAAA